CAUUGAUGAGGUUAUAUUCCAAACAUUGUUUUAUUACUUUUUGUUUCAUAAUAAAAAUAGUAAAUAUAAAUAAAAUAAAAUGGCACAAAGUAGACUCGAAAAAGUUGGCACAAUUUUCACAAGGGUUCAAGGUUUGUUGCGUGCCGGUGCCAUGAAACCAAUGGACAAGCCACUGUGGUAUGAUGUUUAUGAAACAUUUCCUCCAAAAUUAGAACCACGUUUCGAUCGUCCAGCACCAGAUAUGAAAAUAAGAGAUAUCUUCUAUGAAGAAGAUAUUGUUCGAGCAAAAUAUCAUAAAUCAGUCAAACAAGUCGAAAUGGUUGGCUUAAACAAUAAAAAAGAAUCUAGUACACAACAAUUUAUACAAAUAUACAAUGACUUAAAAGCUCAAGGUGCACUUGACGAAGAACAAAUAUUUAACACAGCAAAAGAUAUUUUAAUGGAACGACGAAAACCUACACAGUGGGAAGCAACAGAAACUGCUGAGUUGGAAUCUGAAACUAAAAUUAAUUUAAUGUCAGACUUCAAGGAAGCACAAGAGAACUGGAAAACAAAACAAAACACAGAAGCCAAAACCACUCCAAAACAAACCAAAAAACCUUUGGACAUUAAAACUCUGUUCGAAGAUUAAAAUAAAAUAGAAGUUCAAAUUUUUAAACUAAGAAAAGUAUUUGUAUUAUAUAUAAAUAAAUGAGGUCUAAUAGCCUAGAAUUCGUUGUAUAUACAAUAAAGCGAUUAGUGUUUUA